AUGGUUAUCAUUCACGACGUUGACUAGAGCGGUAUAACCAUCAAGGGCAGGCAGUUACGCAUGCAGAGGCCGUUGAAGAAAGUGCAGAUAACAUUAGGAGAGGCAGCCGCCCUUGGAGCACACCUGGAGGUAUGCACUAAUCGGCCAAGGCAUAGGCUAGCUGAUAUUAACUGGCACAAUGGGCCGAGGUGCCCAUCGGUCCCAUCGCCUAUGCUACGGUUCAUUAUACCCCUCUUCACGGAAAUUAUCAUCCAUCACACGCUCCGCGGCGGCUAA